AUGAACGCAGCAACGAUCCGUGGCCUCCGCGCAGCGGCUGCGCGCCACACCUCGUUGACAUCUCCCCGGCUUAUGUCUCUCGCCGUUCAGAGACAACCCUACAGCUCGCUGCCGACAGUUGCACAGUCCUCGUUCUGGAAGCAGCUCGUCCCGAAGCCGUUGCGCCGUGGCAAGGACGGCACGCUGCCCGUGGCCAAUGCCGUCUCCAACGCGCGCAACGCCAAGGAGUGGAACCCCGCGACGUUCUACAUCUUCCUGUUUCUGUUCAUCGGGUCCAUGUCCAUCCAGAUGAUCGCGCUGAAGAAGGACUUUGACACGUUUAUGCGGCAGUCGGACGUCAAGAUCGGCCUGCUGAAGGAUGUGAUUGAACGCAUCCAAAAGGGCGAGAAGGUCGACGUGGAGAGCGCGCUGGGCACUGGCGAUCCGGCCAAGGAGGCCGAGUGGGAUUCGGUCCUGAAAGAAAUCGAGAGCGACGAAGUCACCCGCAACUUCCGACGCCAGGAAAAGAAGACAGCCGAAGCCGCACCGGCUCCCGAAACGAGUCAACAGAACACGCAGAGCGGCCCCUCGACGACCAAAAUCACAUCGACCGCCAACUUCUAUUAA